AUGGACGCCAACAACAACUCAAUGGACAGCAUUUCCAAUGAGAACAUUCCCAGUCCACAGGAGCUGGAACAGCUGAACCGCGUGCGACUGCAGUUUCUCGAAAAGGUCGCCAAAGAUCCGGAACGCUUCUACCCGCAGGACAUUGACCUGGUGAAGGCGGACGACUGGUGGACGCUUCGCUUCAUCAAGUGGAACCGCGGCAAUGAGGACAAGGCGUUGAAGCAGAUGCUCAGCGCUUUCAAGUGGCGCAAGUCCUUUGGCCUGCACGACCGCAACGUCAAUGACAUUCCGAAUGAGUUCGCCAAGGCGGCGGCCAUCUUUCCCCACGGUCAUGACUACAAGGGCCGCCCGAUCAUCUACCUGCGCGUGAAGGUGUACCGGAAGAUUCAGCAGCUCAAUCUCUUCUUCCAGCAGUUCGUCACCGGCAUCGUCAAUCACAUUGACAUGGAGAGCGGCCGCAAGGGCUACGUCUUCGUCUUUGACGUCACCGGCAUGGGCAUGAUCAACAUAGACUUUGAUUUUUUGCAGUUUCUCAUCUCCCUCCUGCAGACUUACUACCCCUACGGGCUCCGGUACGCCAUCUGCUACAACGUGCCCAGGGUGCUUCGUCCGUUGUGGUCCAUGGCGAAGAUCUUUCUCGGUAGCACCGAGAGGACCUUCCGCUUCUGCAACUCCGUCGACGAGCUGAAAAAGUACAUUCCGGAAAAGUCACUUCUCCGGUACAUGGGCGGAGAGUGUGACUUUGAUUUUACCGAUUUUGAGGAGGUGCGCAACGCCCCCUCCGUCAGUGAGAUGGCUCCAAAGUUUGGCUUUACCCAGGCUGAAGUGGACAAGUACUUUAAGAUCUUUGAGGGCAGCAUUGCCGAGGCUAAGCUACUGUCCAAAGGGCAAACAGUCUGA